AAAUUUUUUUUCUUGUCUAAGCAGUGUGUUUGUCAUCACUUUCUUUAUAGUUUUGGAAUUCUAUGUUUGUGUUUGUUAUGCAAGGCUAAGGAAAAAUAUAAUUAGAAGUGCAGUUAAUGGAAGGUCUUCUGUUGAGCUUGCAACGUUUUAUUCCUGGCCAAGGAAAAAUAUAAUUAGAAGUGCAGUUAAUGGAAGGUCUUUGGUUGAGCUUGUAACAUUUUAUUCCAGUGCUGGUGUUUUACAUCAAGAAGAUUGGUAAUAUGAACUCAACCGUGGAACUACUCUCGUGUGAUUGGAAUUCGAGGUUUCUUUACAAAUUUCACACUCUUUCUAUCAGAGGCUAGAUGAUGCUGAUCAGUCUGGUGGUGGAUAAGGAUUCAAGAUUCUAUCUAUUAGUAUACACAUCAUCAUGUUAAAGCAAUUCUGCUGCAACUUACGAUGCCAUGGCAGGUAAUAUUUAUUUCAAUCUACAUGCAAUCUUAUCUAUCUAAUGCUUGCAUUUGGUUUGCUGUGUGAACUAGCAAUUCACUUUUUUGUGGAGUACUGCAUUUUUUGUCCCUCACCAUUGGUUGCAUUGCCUUUUAAGAUAUAGAAACCCUAGAUGGAAUAAACUAGAAAGAGCAAAGGUUUGAUGUAGGGUGGCUCUUGGUUAGCAAGACCCUUCAACUUUUGAUGCUAUGAGCAAGUAAUAUUUAUUUCAAUCUACAUGCAAUCUUAUCUAUCUUAUGCUUGCAUUCAGUUUGCUGUGUGGUAGAGUCCUGCAUUUUUUGUCCUUCACCAUGGUUGCAUUGCUUUUAGGAUAACUCUGGAUGGAAUAAACUAGAAAAAGGAAAGGUUUGAUGUAGGGUGGCUUCUUGGUUGGCAAGACCCUUACCUGAAAAAUUGAUAAGGGAUCCUACUUUACCUUUUGUUUGCCAUUGCAACUUAUGCAACAUCUUGGGAGAACUUAGAUGAAAAGACGAGCAAUUUCUUCAAAGAUGCUUCUACCAUUCUGGUCAGUAUCAUUUUGAGGAGAACUUGCUUAGCUAGACAAUAAGCUAAAAGAGCAUGAGUUUAUAUGGAGACUUAUGGCCGCGCAAAGAAUCAGCCAAAGGUCAGAUAUACUUUCACACAAGAAUUGCACUAAAUGUAUUUUCUGAGCUGCCAAGUGUAAGUUGAUACAACGCUUGAGCUCCUUUAGGAAAUUCAAUAGAGUAAAUAAAGUUUGAGGAUGGAGAUUUGUAAGAGUACAAGAGAAAGUGACCAAAUUUUGCACUUGAUAUUAUCCUUGAACCUUAAUGAAAAGAUGAAAGUAGAGUUGGAGCACAAUUAUCUUUUGCAGGCUGAAAUUACUGUUCUAAAACAGUCCUUAUGGAUGCUUAUCUUGAGCUUCAUGACUUUUGAUUCUUCAAACAGUAUUGCUCUGCAUUCCUCUGCCUCCCAGGGCCAUAUUGAGAUUUCUUUAUCAAAAUCUCAAGCUGGUCCCUUGGGGUUGUCCUCUUACACUCUCUGCAAUUGAACACCAUUGCCAUUUGUGCAGCAGGGAAAUUUACUGGGAUCAAUCUGUAUCUUGGUCAAGAUGGCAGGGUAUUCGAAUGGAAAGGGUUCCUUGGAUCCAAUACACAAAGCAAAACUAAAGCAAGAGCCAUUUAACUCUGAUUUCCACUGGAGAACCCAUAUCCAAGGAUUUUUAGGGUGUUGCUCUAUUUGAGUGAAGGGAGACUGCCUGAAAACAGGUAAUAUAUGAUCUUGGAUAGU